AUGUGCAAGUGGUGUCGGCUUAGGGAACCCACUUGGAGAUGUGAUGAUUGCUUCGGAUUUCUGGAGGGUUGUCAGGAGUGCUUUCGAUCAGCUCAUCAACAUAUGCCUUUCCACAAUGUCCGUACUUGGACAGGCACAUACUAUGAACCUUCAUUCCUCUCGAAAUGUGGUCUAGUAACUCAAUUGGGACAUGGAGGCAGGACAUGUCCAGCACCGAAGAAAUCUUCAGAAUCAGACAAGCUGUCUUCCGUCUUUGAACGACUCUCCAUUCGAAUUGGGCUUCAGAAGGCAUUCACCCACAAACACACUGAUCACGACGGAAACUCCAUCCUUACCAUUGUCGAUACAAACGGAUUGCAUCAAGUAGCAGUAAAUUGGUGUGGUUGCGACAAGAAAGCCGACGAGGACAUCCAGCUGCUUGAGCACGGAAUGUACCCGGCCAGUCAAAAAACGCCCCGGACGGCCUUCACAUUCCAGGCGUUGGAUGACUAUUUACUACAGAAUCGAGAGUGCAAAGUCCCUGCAAACAGCUAUAUCGCACAGCUCCGGCGGAAGACGAUGGAUUCGAUGCCGCAAGAAGUACCGGUCCGAUAUGUUGAGCUAAACAGGUGCUCUCGUCAAUGGCGACUCUUGAAGGGGCUAUUAGCGCACGGAGAGGGAAUGAACAGAGGCACUGACAGCGGGCAAGGAUCUCUUGCUACUGUCUGCCCUGGCUGUCCGCGUCCGCAGGUCAACAUGCCCGAGGGGUGGGAGGCCGAUCCCCAUAAAUGGAAACACGGGGCCACAUUGUGCAUGGAUGGGAACUUCAAGGCAGAUCACCUUCGCAUGCGGAAAGAAGCCAACGAUGUUCCUCUGACAGACGGAGCUGCAUACAUGACGGAGAGUAAGGCCUAUGAAAAACAUCUCGACACGUAUCCAGCCAACGCAGAGAUUUCAACUUGCAAUGCACACCGCGCCAUCACUCAGGCCAAUCAAACCCGCGGAGUACAUAAGGACGUGACCGGAAUUGUAGUGGUUGCUUGCGCUAGACAUGGGUUUUUCAUUCCUGGGAGUGCAGUGAGUCUUCAGAAGGGGGAGGCGUUUGCGAACACGGAUUGGGCCCUGUGGAUGGCCCUUCUCUGGUAUUCCGGUCUCCUGAAUGUCCUUGUUCUCUAUGAUGUCUGGUGCAUCUUUGUGAUCCACCUGUUGUCUCGCUUUGCCAAAAGCAAGUUCAUGAACUUGCCCUUGAAUAUGGCGAUCAUGGGCGGGAUCGGGCAGUUCCAUGUGCACGGACACAAGGAUGCUUGUGUGGCAAGAUGGUCUCUGUUGUAUAUUGUUGGUGCUGGGAACGUUGAUGGAGAGAUCUUGGAGACGCUAUGGGCAGCACUGAAUGAAAUCUCACGGAGCACGCGAUCAAUGUCAACAUUGCAUCGGAAAGAGGUUUUGGACAAUCAUAUGGACGAUUCUAACUGGAAGAAACUGACCAAGAUUGCACUAUCUCUGGCAGAGAAGUGGAAGAGAGCCGUCGUCAAGUUCCCGGAUGCACAGAAAGCCUUCCUAGACCUGAGUGCCGUCGCCGGACCAGAUCAAGUUGCAACCUGGAUGGAGCAGCUUGACAAAGCACAAGCAGAGCGUGCCAGCAAUCCGGCUGCAAUGGAAAUUCUGAACAUCAAGGUGGAGGACAUGCCCACACAGGCCGACAUCCAGACCGAGUUGUCCGAGGAGGUACCACGGCGUCCGGGACAACUAUCGACAGUGGAAUGGUUGUCGGACGGAUUGGAUAUACAUGCUGAACAGUGCGUCAAACACUGGCGAUGCUUAUGUGCUAAAAGGCUAACCAGAAGCUAA